AUCGUCUAACGGUUGGAGUCGCGCGGAAGACUUAAAUGGACUGGUGUAACGGUAUUAAAGUUACUAAUGUGGGUUUGUUUUCCUUAUUGCAGGGCAGGAAAGAAUGAACGUACUGGAAGAAGAGGGACAGGUCCUACGCAAGCUGGACCUGCAGAACAAUGAAUAAAUCCAUUUAGUAAUAAGUUUCCCUUUUUGUACUCGAACCGCGUCUUUCAAUUUUUAAAUAUAUGUCUGUUGUGCCAGUACGUCGCGUUCUUACUUCAGUGGCGUUUACCGGUCCUGACUGUUGUGUUGUGUUCUAGAUCUCCAUUGCUUCCAAGUGAACGCUAAUAGUACGUGCUACACUGGUGAGAUACUGACGACAUUGACGUGAAAAUUACUGGAUAAUUGUUUGGAUUGAUACAUUUAGUUGGCAUUUAUUUUUAAACCUUAACUUUUGCAAACUGGAAAUUUUAAUCUUAGUUAACCUUAUCCAUUAAAUGUAUAAUGGGGGAUCAACUACUUUUCGAAAAUCUUGACGAGAAGCUAGAAGAUGAAGAUGGAUUUGUAUGCGUACUGAUAUGCACCAGAUAACUUUUAUUUUCUAGAUUACUGCAAGUUGGUUAUCUAUCACUUUCGACUUGAAUAUAGAUGCAUCGAGACGGUAAUCUAUCUGGUUCUCAAUAGAUAUAUAUAUAUAUACAUGUACGCAUAUUCGUUUAGUUUGAUGGCGGCAUAUAUCCAGGCACGUGACAACUUGGCAUCUGUAUAUCUACUGACUGGGAUCAGUAAACAAAAUGAUAUAUUAGUUAAGUUGGCCAAUUCAGACCAGUUAUCACUGGCUCAGAAGUCGUUCUCGUUUCCACCUAAAUGUGUUGUGUAUAGUAUACAACGCCGACAAUGCAAGGUGUUUCUGUUGACAAGUAAAUUAAUAAGUGACUUUUAGGAUUCUUUAUCAUUGGCUUGCUACGAUUUAUUGCAUAAUAUUUCUACAGAUCAAUUAAAAAGGUUAGUUCACUUCUUUGAGACUGUUCAUAUCUAUAAUACUUGCACUCGUGUAUAUUUUAUGUACUGCUUUGUAACUGGUUCUCUUUAGAUUAACUAGUAUUCCGUGGGAGUCAUCUUCUGAUCCACUGCCAUGUCGAGUAAAUCAAGAGACUGCACAAAAAACACCGGAACAUGUUGAUUCUCCUGUGUUACCGAGUCUUGCUACCAGUAAGUUACUGGAAUUGCUCAACAAAAUUAGGUGGAUGCAAUAAGAAAAUUAAAACUUCAGAUUUCAAAAACUUUUUCAGUAAGAUUGAAAAGUCUGUCCAGGAUGAUAAAACGCUUGAAAAUUAUUUAGCAACAAGCACUAAGAAUAACAUGAUUCCUAAGCCAGUAGAAAGUGGGAAACUGGAUGUAUCGGACGAAGACGAAGAAUUUGGUUUGAAAACCACAUAUUCUUCGCAAAAGCGGAAAUGUAUUGUCACUGAAUCCGAUGAAGAAAAAGAAGAAAGUGGUACAGUGACUAAGGAUUGCGUGUCUACUAAUUUAUUUAAUUCUAAAGCAAGUACGAAACUUAGAAACAAUGAUAUACAGAAAAAGCGACCUACUCGCAGAAAAGAUAAACUGAAAGUAUUAGCUUCUGAUUCAGAAGCUGAUUCAUUUCUCAUGGAGCCUACACAAUCUGAAAAAUCACCCGACAAUGUUAAAAAAAUCGGUGUUAAAACUUUGUCAACACCGAUUAAGUGUGAAGAAAAUUCAAGAACUGAGAAAUCUAGCUGUGCUGCUGGUUUAAAUCGUAUUCGUCACCAAGUAAUGAAAACGUUUGCAGAUGAAGAUGGCUUUAUGGGUAAAGUAAACUUCUCCGAAACUAUUGUUAAUAGUGGACAAUCAUGUGGUUGAUUUUACCACUAAAGUGUAUGAUUAUUUAGUUUUUAUUGUUAUAUCAUCAUACUGCAUUAGUAUUAAAAAUAGAGUUCUUACAAUAAUGCUUUACAAGUGUGAUAUAUAUAUUUUAGUUACGGAAAAAGGCUGGGAAUGUUCAUCAGAUGAUGAAACCUCUAAACCGACAACAACACCCUCUCCUUGUAUGGAUCAAAAUGAGAAAAAUGAACGGGUUGUUCAACCGAAAAUUGAUAAUCCUGUCUCUCUAACUGUACCACCAACGAUUCAACAGACUGUAAGUAGGAAUUAUGGUCACUCUUUUUAUUAACCUAUCACUUUCAAAAGAAAAUUAUUCAGUAAUAUUACAUAAGAUUUUUUGACCUUACUACAGCAUUAGGUGAUUUACUUCGUUACUAUGUCAUUGGAAAAAGCAUCAAACUUUCCGAUUAUUAUGAUAUAUGGCUUCUAUUAACAAAUUAAUAUCUGAACAAGUGGGUUAAAAACGUAUCUAUUAAAAGUAGACAGUACUGGAAGAAAACAGGUGUUUGCUUUGUUAAUCUCCUUAAAGCCGUAGUGAAACUCCUAGAUAACCAAAGCUAGGUUUACACUUUUAGGUAAUGCUAAUAACUUAGUUUUCAAACACUCAGAAUAAAAUUCCUUACCCAUGGUGAAUGUCUUGAAACUGCGAAUCUCCAGGAAAAACAGUUAACCUUCACUUGAGUACAUUUUUGGUUUCUCGUCAUUGAAGAGUGUGAUGUCGUUUGUAGCUAAUUACGCUUUUGGCUCUCCGGCAGUAUCCCAAACGCUCACAUAAAUCGAAUGCCGAAUUUUAGUGCCCCCUUGUACCAGAUAAAGUUGCUGAUUACAUGCACUUUUAUGCAUUUAUUAAUCGAAGGUAAGUAACAUGGUUACCUAUGAUACCGAUGGUUGAAAAUACUCAAACAAGAAUAUUCUGAGUACUUACACUUGCAUGUACUGUUCAUCAAACUACGAACUUAUUUAAUUCUGGUCUGGGAAUUUUAAUUUGAAGUGUAGGUCUUCUAAUAAGGGCCUUUCCGUAUUACUUAGAAAAUAUAAAGUAGUCAUGAAGGAUUUAAAGUCUCAUUUUCAAACUUCUUAAGAAUAAAAAGGGAAUAGCGCACAGCCAAGCGUUUUGUUGUGGUGGCUGUAAGAUUAGAUCUAUGGUCAUUAUGAUAACAGUUUACUAGUGUACGGCACAUAAUUUAACGGCAGUAUAUUGCUGUUUUUACAUUGAUAAUGUCUAGGAAACAAGCCUUAGUUAUUUUUUAAAUAUCAUAUUGGGAAAUAUUUUGUUCAACUUGAACAGUUAGUGUGAAUGAAGCUUUCAGUAUUUUGGUAUAUUAUUUCUACAGAAAAUCCGCAACAACAGUUGUUAAACUCUAUUAUUCCCAUCUGAGGCUGUGAAUCGACACAUGAAUGUGUAAAUGUUUUUAACGAAUACCAAAAUUCUGGUUAAUUUUUCAUGAGCUUUGGUUCCAUUUAGAGUAAAAUGUGGUGAAUUAUGUUCAAAUAAUUCAUACUACUUAUAAGUAGCUAAGAUUAUCCACAACAAUUGUUUCACAGUUCUUCACAUUGUUUAUUAAUGUUGCUUCCAUAGGUAUGAUAUUCCAAUUUUUACUGUUUUAAUUCACUUUACUUUUACAGAAGCCAUCCAAACAAUCAAACAAAAAGAACACGAAUAAUAAGCCGGCAGCUAGUAAACAAGCUUCAUUGUCAUCAUUUUUCAAGCCUAGUAAUACUGUAAACUAAUUACUUGGAGAUUCAAUUGUUAAUUAUUUUCUAUGAUUCUCUUAUGGAAUCUCUGUAUAAAAACGAUUUAUUUAAAAAAAAAUUAGAACAUUUUCUGUGUAUCGGACAA